CAAAGAAAAACAAUAAUCCCAUUCUAUGACUCUAAAUUCAAGAGAUGGAGAAGAACGUACCAUUAAGCAAGAAGCUGUGGAACAUCGUACGUUUUGUCAUGUACAUGUUACACAAAGGCAUCUCCAAGCAAAAGCUCCUCGCCGACUUUAACGCCACUCUCAAACGCGGCAAGAAUCUCAUGUUCCACAACCCACGCCGCGUCCCAGCCAUCGCCCCAUCACAGCCGCGGAAAGAAUACGAGUUUAGCUGCAGCGACACUCCAAACUACUCAUUCCCCUUUAGCAUGGCCGCCUUCAAGAAGAAGAGACACAACAUUAGUCUCUUCGCGUGUGGCAACGCGCCACCGACCAUGGACGACGAUACCUCUGCCUCCAGAGCCGUACUGGAGCUUUUCAACGGCCUCGGAGGACAAGAACGUGGCAGUAACACGCCGGCUUUGUCCGUCGAGGCUUUGACGGCGUUGUCUCCUUACUUGCCCGCAUAUGAACGGAGUUCUCCGUCAGUGAGACCUUUACGUGUGACGGACUCACCGUUCCCAAUACGGGAAGAUGGUGACGUGGCUAACGGACACGUGGACAAAGCGGCGGAUGAGUUUAUAAAGAAGUUUUACAAGAACUUGAAUCAGCAAAAGAAGAUGAUUGAGUUCUCACCUUAUUAAUAAGUAUUUUUUUUCUAAAUACUUUAUCUCUAUUUUCUGAGUUAGUUCGAAGUUCGUAUAAUAUUUUUGGAGGGAGUGUGUAUAAUAUUUUUGGAGGGAGUGUGGGGGAUUAGAUUAUCAGAAUAAACAGUCAUUGGGUGACUAUUCAGAAUGGUGCGUUCUCUAUAUUAACCUGGAAAAUGUAAUGGGGGAUUAGAUUAUCAGAAUAAACAGUCAUUGGGUGACUAUUCAGAAUGGUGCGUUCUCUAUAUUAACCUGGAAAAUGUAAUGGGGGAUUAGAUUAUCAGAAUAAACAGUCAUUGGGUGACUAUUCAGAAUGGUGCGUUCUCUAUAUUAACCUGGAAAAUGUAAUGGGGGAUUAGAUUAUCAGAAUAAACAGUCAUUGGGUGACUAUUCAGAAUGGUGCGUUCUCUAUAUUAACCUGGAAAAUGUAAUGGGGGAUUAGAUUAUCAGAAUAAACAGUCAUUGGGUGACUAUUCAGAAUGGUGCGUUCUCUAUAUUAACUUGGAAAAUGUAAUGGAUUUUUAAGA